AAACAUAUGUAUGAUUAAAUGGCUUAACAAAGCAAAGUAUAUUGAUAUAUUUUUGUAUAUGUCUUAGUGUAUUAUUUCAAAAUUUUAUAAUAAAUAAACAAUUAGAAGAAAGAAAAAAAGGAAGCCUUUUUAUCCGUAAACCAUUAUUUUCUUACCCAUUCUCUUCGUCUCCAACAUCUCAUCAGGAUGUUAUCGUCAUUAGGGAUGAUAUGCAGUUGCUCUUACAAACCCUCUACUCCAACAAGUUUCCAUGGUGACUCACUCCCUUCCAACCCCCACACCUUUAAUUUCAACCUACCCAAGCUCUCUGCUCACCCUAAACUUAUCCAUGGUUCCACAACAUUUCGGAACCGCGCUCCUGCUAUAGCGGCGGCAGCGGAAACAAUUGCAACAGAAACGCCCCUAGAAUCUGAGAAGCUGGGAGUGGUGGUGAAGCCGAUGGAGAAACCAAGGUUAGUGUUGAAGUUCAUCUGGAUGGAGAAAAACAUCGGUUUAGCACUAGACCAAGUGAUUCCAGGACACGGGAGUAUUCCAGUAAGUCCUUACUAUUUUUGGCCAAGGAAAGAUGCUUGGGAAGAGCUUAAAGUGAUGCUCGAGAGUAAGCCAUGGAUUUCUCAAAAGCAGAUUGUGGCGACCUGUUGCAGGUUGAUAGAGGUGAUUGCCAUUUAA